CAACAACUAGAACUUAUUAGUCUAUUUAGUUCCGUACCUUUUUUCAAAUCGCAAACCAACAUUAAACAAUUGAAUCUAUCAUUUCUGCGCUUCUACGAUAUCAGUCCGAUUUUCCCCCAAGGUUGUUGUCAUACGAGACAGCAAUAAAAUCGCUAAGUGAGUUUAUUGACUCCGAGUACCGAAGUCUACCUCGAGGUCAAUUUCCUUGUUUGUUAUUUGCCGUUCGUAAGGUGCAGUGUGCCCAGCCACAAGGCCUUACGCGUAAGUAAUUCACGUCGACAUUCAGGAACCUUAUCAAGACAUAUUGAGAUUAUUCUCAAAUAAUCCUGCACUUUAUUUUUUUUUCUUUAUGCCGGUCCAAAACUUGAUGCGACACAACUAUGGCCGAACCAAAGAAGAAAGGGCUAUGGAGCGGUCUGAUCCGCAGGAUUAGCAACGCUCAGGGAACUAACCGACUGGAGAAGCAAUCACCUUCAAGACGGGCUAGCGACGGUGAUGUAGGUUCUCGAAGACGGCGGUAUGAGCGACCUGAACUCGCUAGCACUGGGUCCCGCAGACGACCUCGCCGUCCGGACCCCCGUGAUUCUAAAGGCAAGGGUAGGGAACAGCCAAAUGGCCACAGAUAUGAGCCGGCGCCCUUGUCGGAAUGGCCGCCAUCCGGUAUGUCUAGCGAGGAAGAACUUACACUCGGCCACGCUAUGGAACUUGUCUCAAGAGGUGUCCCGGCACACAAAGGGCACAAACGUCCCAUCCCUCACGCUUCGGAACAUUAUUAUGGUUUAUUUACAACAACGGCGGGCAAUCAUGGCGAUGAGGGAGACACCGUUAACCAGCAUAACGCGAUGACCCAACUUACGACCUUGAAAAUACAGGGUUCUGGUCCUCCGAACUUUCCCUGGGAGACCUUAGAACAACCAAGCCUUGCAUUUGGAUAUGGAACUCUCCCUGGCACCAUUACUCUGAAUCACUGGGCCGGUCUCUUCAGUGCUGUACCGCCUCUUAUCGGGCUUCGUGAUCCUGGCUUCCUCCCAAGAGAAGUUAGUUUAACUCAGAUUUUUGAUCGACUGAAGGAUUUGGAAGGUGGUUUGGAAGACGACGACGACGAUUUACUAUAUCGUAUAUACAAACGAUUCCUCCGAGAUCCUGAUAAGGUUUUCAAUCCGCACAGGACGAUGGAACGACAGAUCAUGGAUUUGGUUAUGUGCCUGUCGGGUUCGGAUUGGAUUGAUUUCUCGAAUCCAAAGAACCAGGUUGUGACGAAGUACAUCUAUGAUAACAGCCCGGAAAAUCAACAGCAAUACCAUAAAUUCUUCUACCAGCUACUCCUGAGUCUCGAGCUGGAGUUGCGAAUCAAUUCGAGGCUCCAUACAGAUUGGGCCAAGGAGAGACUUAUUGCGCAGAUUCCACCUAAGAUCCAAUGGAAUCUAGCACUUGCUAGACGGUGGAGGGAUUUCGUCCGUGUCGAGAAAUACGGCGAAACCGCCGAUCAGGUUAAACUGCGGUUCAAGCUGAGAAAGAGACAGGUGAAGAUGUUGAAGAGAUUCGCCCAGAUGAUGAAGUGGCCGAACCUCCAUGAAACAUUGGACGAGCUGAGGGAGAGAGAUGCGGAGGGCUCUUUAAUGCCUGUUAGUUCGCACGCUAUGGCUUUCUUUAGUGGUCUGGUUCUACCAGGACCAACAUUCCCUUAUCUCAUCAUGAACUCCCUAAUCGACAUCGAUCCUGAUGAGGCAACGGACGACCUUGCCUUACUCACGCACCUUCAUCCUCACUGUGGUUUCCAGUAUCGCAAGGGAUAUACCUACUGGGCUUCGACCUGUAUUGUUGGUAAAGUGCUUGCGCCAACCUGUCUCGAGGUCGCCGGAUGGGUUGGCCCUGCUCGGCCCACGAGUGAUUUAAAUCGCACUCAAAUCGCCCGCAUCCGCACCAAAAAACCACGGCAUCAUAUGUUAACCCCAGAAGACGUAACAUCGAUGAGCGACAGAUCGGACCCCUUGGGACCGCCCUCUAGAGUUUACCCCGUUAGAGACUAUGAUCUACUUACACCAGACAUGGACGACAUCGUCGAUACGAUACGAAUCGAGCAAAUCAAUCUUAAGACGGUCCCCGAUAAGCUAGAUGCGAAUCCCAAAUGGUUCGAUGCGUCGAUACAGUUCGCCAUUGACGGCGUGUCGUGGCCGCUUCAUCUGACUUUCGAUGUCUCGUUCAUCAGCGCCUGGCCUUGUUCUGACGGACCGCAUCCUCUAUUCUUCGAUUAUGUCCAUACCCUCCGUACUGUCGACGAAGUGGUGGAUAUUCUCGACUGGGGUAAACCUAUUGACAAGAAAAGGAGCACUGCGUCUAUAGCGGUUGGCGGUAGUAAAACAACACAACAUAUUGACGAUGGUGACGAGGAGAGAGUGCUAGUAAUCCAAGCAUUUGGCAAUCGCGACAAUGAAGUCUUGGCGCGGGCAUGGUGUUCCCACUGGGGACUAAGCGCAGUCGUGGCGGACAUCAGUAGGACUUGCAUGGCGUGCGCUAUCCGCGAAGCUUACGCGGCAACCUUGAAGGUGGUAAUACUUGUUGAGGAUCAACCGGGUGAUGCAGAAUAGGGGAGGAGGCGGACAGGAGUUUCACAGGGGGUGUUUUGCAGGUCUGCUUUGAGAGAGGGACAAGGGUUCGGGAUGGGAAAUAUGCACAGACUAUUAAUUCCUACGAUCGCAAUGGCGAGGUCGAUGACUUUCACGAUGGUUACACGAUUAUCUAGGUGUUCCGGGCAUCGGGCGCGUGGCUUGGGUUAGCUGAAAAUUUGUUUCCUACCUCGGAAUGGGGAGUCGAUCGCGUAGAUAUACCCAGUCAGUCCGUUUCUGCAAAAUGUUUCCGAUUUCAAAUUUACAUAUUAAUUACUAUUCCCUCACGCGAGGAAAGCAACC